UACAUUUUAAUAAUUAUCACAGUUUUUGUAUUAUCGCCAUAAUCAAAAUAAACUACGUAGUUCUUCCGGGUCCGCUCUUUUACAAAUUAAAAAAUUUGCAUGAGUCAUAAGUAAGCAUGUGCUAACAAAAACAUUCUUAUGAAAUAUCUGUAUAUAUAUUUUGUUUAUAUUAAAUAAUUACAAUAUUAAUAUUUAUUAUUAACAAUACCAUAAAAUGGUGCAACAACUUACAACGAUUAUCGAUACCUUUAUAAUCGAACGUAUUUCUAUUACAGUAGUUAUGCUUCUAAUUAUUAUCGAUAUAGAUUAAAUUAUUAUUAUUUUAAUUUUUCAAUAUCUCGUUAAUAAUAUUCAGUAAAAAAAAAAAAAAAAAAAAAAACUACAUUGUGCCUUUUAUUUUAUUAAAACGAAAUACGGUAUGUUUAUUUAUGUAUAUAUCGUGGUAUAGAUAUAAUUGAAACUCAAUUGUGUGAUGUAACCGGCUAACCUAACUUCAAUAGAAUUAAAAAAAUUUUUUGUGUACUUCUAAUAUAGUGAUCAUUAUCCGAAAGUAUCAAUUUUUUAUUAUAUGCGUUAACGUAAUUAUCUUAAUCUCUUUAGAGUCAUGACUGUCUUUACUUAUAAUAACGAUAAAGUCAAAGAAAAUCCAUUAGAUAAUAAAGUGGAUGAGAAGAAAGAAAAUCAAAUAAAUGAUAACAAUCAAAAUAAUAAAUCUAAUAAGAAUGCUUCUACGAUAGAAAAUUCAGUAGAUGAUGAAAAUUGGGGUUAUGAUUUGUACCCUGAAAGAAGGGGAAGAUACAAACCCACAUUUUUCAAAAAAUUAAUAGGCGAAGGAAAAGAAGAGAUAACCAGAUUAAAAUGUGAAGGAAAUGUGUACAAAUGUGUGAAAAAUAGUCAAUUAGUACAACUUAUGAUGGCAGCUUUAAAAAGCUCAGGAUGUGAAAUUGAUAUACGUCGUCAUAUUUCUUGUGAAAUAUGUGACUAUUCUGUAAAAGGUGGUUAUGAUGCACAACUUAAUCAGAUUGUUGUAUGUCAAAAUACUGCUCGCAGUCAAUCAAAAGUACAAGGUGUAUUAGCUCAUGAAAUGAUACAUAUGUUUGAUUACUGUCGUAAUAAAUUGGAUUUUAAGAACCUUGAUCAUUUAGCUUGCACAGAAAUAAGAGCAGCUAAUCUUGUACAUUGUAGUUUUAUGAGUGCCAUGAUUCAAGGAACUGCUUCUCCAUUUAAUAUAAAAAAAGCUCAUCAAGAUUGUGUAAAGAAUAUGGCAAAAGCAUCUAUAAUGGGAGUACGUAAAGUAACAGAACAAGAAGCUAAAAUAGCAAUAGAAAAAGUUUUUCCUAUGUGCUACAAUGAUUUAGAACCAAUUGGAAGACGUAUUCGCAGGAACUCUUUAGAUAUAAGUAGAGCAUAUAUGGAAGCUCCACUUUAUGGAUAUAUGCAUGAUUAAUAAAUUAUCUUCAAAGAACUUAUUUUGAAAAUAUACAUGUAAGAUCAAUUGAAAAUGUAAAAAUCAACUGCCAUAGUUUCUUUGAUAUUAUUUCUAUAAAAAUAUAUUAUCAAUAUUGUAAAUAAUUAUAAAUAUUAUAUUAUUAUUAAAUUCUUUAAGUUUAAAAAAUAAUGUUUAACUGAAAUGUAUCACGAAUUAUUUUUAUGGGGUUAUACAAUAUGACAUAUAAAUAUUUUAACCUUUUGAGUGUCAGAGAUCAUUGAAAAAAAUUUGCUAGACGUAGCGAUAGUCAAAUAAAGUGUAAAAAAUUUGAUUAAGUGUAAA